GAAGUUGAAAAGUACACCCACCACUUAUAUUUAUCAGAUUCUCUCCUGAAAGUAGAGAGAGAAAGUGUAGGUAGAGAGAGAAAGUGAAAAAAUAGCUGUUGAGAAGGUCGGUCGGUCCAUCUCCUUCACUCUCUUUCUCUCCUCCAUUUCUCUCUUUCUCUCUCUAGAAAAUUUAUUAUUGGGAAUGUGUUUCUCUCUCUACACUUACGAAAUGCGUUUCUUUCUUCUUCUGGGUUAAUGUUGUUGAUGACCUAACUCAACUCUCUUUCUAUCUAGAGCUUUCUAUCUCUAGAAGGAAAAAAAAAAAGCAGUUACUUUUCUCUAAAAUCUCCAUUUUUUAGUUAAUUUCUCACCUCGAGAUUUAAAGGGGUUUGGUAUUUCAUCUCCAAUUUCAAAACCCAUAUCUUAAUUUCUCUAAAAACUCCCCAAUUGUACUGGGUUUUUGUUUAAUUUUAAUUUUAUAGGGUUAGGGUUUUUUGAUUUUUUGUCAAAGAGUUGAAAAUUUGGGGGAAAUUAGCUGUAGGAAUGAAAAGAGGAGGUGGUAAGCUGGAUACAUACAUGGGAGUUACACGGAAUCGAUCGGUUCAGAUUUUGGCGUUAAUGGGGUUACUGUACAUGAUCUUCAUGACUUUUGAGGUACCCUUCGUUUUCAAAAGCGUUUCGCAGGAUACUUCCGGCGUUUCGUUCCAAAAUGACGCGUUUGUAAGACCUCAGCAGCUUGAUAGUGAGGAAGAAUUGCAGGAGAAAGAAGCUCCGAUCCGACCGUUGAAAGAGCCGUUAAAACUUUCGUCAGUUUCUCCGAAACCUCAGCGUCGAAUGAGGGAGUAUAAAACCCUUUCUGGGUUGAUUUAUGAUUGGAGAGCUUUGAUUAGUACUGAACAGGACGGGUAUUUGGGGUUGCACAAUUCUGCUAUAACUGCAUUUCAGUUGGGGGAGAAGCUUUGGGAGGAUCUGAAAUCAGGGAAGAUUACAAUCGAUGUCGAAAAGGCGGCCGAGAAUCGGACUGAAAUGUCGUGUCCGAACUCGGUUUCGCUCUCCGGUGCUCAGUUUGGGAAAGGGGGGAAGGUAAUGGUAUUACCCUGUGGGUUGACAUUAGGGUCUCACAUUACUUUGGUGGCUAAACCAAGGAUAGCUCAUGCUGAAAAUAAUCCCAAGAUAUCAUUGUUGAAAGAAGGGGAUCAAAGCUUGAUGGUUUCUCAGUUUAUGUUGGAAUUGAUUGGGUUAAAAACCGUUGACGGCGAAGACCCACCGAGGAUUUUGCAUUAUAAUCCAAGGUUGAAGGGCGAUUGGAGUGCGAAGCCUGUAAUUGAGCAGAACACUUGUUAUAGGCAGCAAUGGGGAACUUCUGUUCGUUGUGAAGGAUGGAAAUCUAGUCCUGAUGAGGAAACUGUUGACGGGCUCAUUAAGUGUGAGAAAUGGAUCCGUGACGAUGAUAGUAACAAUGAAGAAUCCCGGGCUACAUGGUGGUUAAGUCGGCUAUUGAGCAGACCGAAGAAGGUGACAGUGGAUUGGCCUUUUCCAUUUGCUGAGGAUAAGCUGUUUGUGAUGACCCUCAGUGCUGGUUUGGAAGGUUAUCAUGUCAAUGUGGAUGGGAGGCACGUGACGUCCUUUCCUUACCGAACAGGCUUUUCACUUGAAGAUGCAACUGGGUUGACAUUAAAAGGAGACAUAGAUGUACAUUCUGUAUUUGCUGCUUCUUUGCCAUCAUCACAUCCUAGUUAUGCUCCACAAAGACACCUUGAGAUGUCUGAAAGAUGGCAAGCUCCGCCUCGCCCUAACGGUCCCGUGGAGCUUUUUAUUGGAAUUCUUUCUGCAGGCAACCAUUUUGCCGAAAGAAUGGCUGUUAGGAAGUCUUGGAUGCAGCAUAGAUUAAUUAGAAACUCAAAGGUCGUAGCUCGCUUUUUUGUAGCAUUGCACGGGCGGAAUGAAGUGAACGUUGAGUUGAAGAAAGAGGCAGAGUAUUUUGGUGACAUUGUCAUAGUCCCUUACAUGGAUAGUUAUGACCUUGUUGUUGUAAAAACUGUGGCUAUUUGUGAAUAUGGGGUUCGCACUGUCGCUGCAAAGUACAUCAUGAAGUGUGAUGAUGAUACCUUUGUUCGGGUUGAUGUGGUUGUUAAAGAAGCAAACAAGAUUCCCGAGGGUAGUAGCUUGUAUGUGGGUAACAUCAACUACUACCACAAGCCUUUGCGUAGUGGUAAAUGGGCUGUCACAUAUGAGGAGUGGCCAGAGGAAGAUUAUCCACCUUAUGCCAACGGACCAGGUUACACUUUGUCAGCAGAUGUCGCAAACUUCAUUGUUUCCGAGUUUGAGAAGCAUAAACUAAGGUUGUUCAAGAUGGAAGAUGUGAGUGUGGGAAUGUGGGUGGAGAAUUUCAACGCGACAAAACCAGUAGAAUACGUUCACAGCCUAAAGUUCUGUCAGUAUGGGUGUAUAGAAGACUACUAUACUGCUCAUUACCAGUCUCCUAAACAAAUGAUCUGUCUUUGGGAUAAGUUGCAACAAUUAGGGCGCCCAGUUUGCUGUAACAUGAGAUGAUACUUGCUCAAUUUCUGGGAAAAGGCCAGUCUCCCUGUUCGCUUAUCGUCGAAUAGAUAGCAAAUUUUGAAGCCAGGUUUUUGUAAAUUCUGCAAAAGGUCCUUUUAGGUUGGUUUGUUCUCUAGGACCCAUUUAGGUGCCCAGUUCCAUAUUCCAUUCAUUAUUUCUUCCCCUUUUCCACUUGCCAUUGUUGUGGCUUCUUACUUUCUUAGUGGCGCGAACGAGCCACGAAGAAGAUGAUGAUAAUGAUGAUGAUGAUGAUGAUGAGAAAUAUGGUAUGCACCCCUGGUGAACAGCCUUAUCCAGUUGGAAGGUUUUGUAAUGUAAUGUAGAGGGAAAAAAAACAGUACAAUGGAAAUGAAUACUCAACUUUCCAGUUACUGAUCAGGUGUAUAUCUAUAAAUUAUGAUGAUUGGAUAUGGAACCAUCCUAUGGUUAUUAAAUUAGAA